AUGGCGACUAAUUCACGACGCAGUCGGCUUUCCGACUACGGGAGCGCCCCAACCGACUCACACACCUUUCAACCAGGCCUCGGGAACUCCAUCUUUAAUUCCCCAGCAUCCGGGCCAUGGAACAACAAUACUGUUGGGCCUUUUGCGAACACUGGACGUGUGGUCGCACCCAAAGAUGCGAAAGAGUUCUUUGCCUCUGCCGGCUUGGGGAUACCUCCUGCUUUAGAAACCGCAGUCGGCCAUGAAGCCUGGCGCACUUCGUAUUGGGUUAUAGCCGAUUCCAAACAAGCGCGCACCCUUCCUGACACCGCGUCGCCUCGCGGCAGGUCAGAUGCCUCCCUGCACGACCCGAAUCAGAGGCAAAAGUUCUUCCACAGCCCUCCAGCCAUGACCCAGAGAGGUCCGAUCGGGUCCAAACCCACCACGGCAGCAGCCGUGGAUGGUUCGAAAGGCGCUUUCAAAUAUCCUCUCAAAUUUUCGAGCUAUGCCGAUGAAGGGGAAGACGGCCAGUCCUCGAACCAGAGUUUCGAACACCGAUUCGCCGCCCUACCGGCGUCAUUGAACGCAGUCGGGAGCGGCCCUUCCCGUAAAUCCAUUUCUGGCCUCGCCGAGCCAGACCUCCCUACUCAGGCGGAUUCGUUCAACGACUUCGCCUUCGGCAUUCCUACUCUACCGUCCAUGCACUCCCAACGACCGUCUAUCGACGAAUCCUCCCUUCCCACCCAUCCGGGUAUGGGAUCUUUUGACAAUGCGGCCCAAAACUUUCAAUUUAACCCAGUGUCACAACCGUGGGAUAAUGGAAAUGGGUAUGGCAAUGGUUUUGUGAAGGACGGGUACCCGAACGGCACGAGUCUCGAGAAGCGAGGCUCGAUAGCCGGUCGGAAUUCACCGGCUGGAAGCACAUACCGCAACGGUGGUAGCCUGAACAGUCCUAGGAGCUUCACGGGGGCCACGCAACCAAACCCCGAUGGAUGGUCGCGCCCGACAUCCCGGGACCCUGGAUUGGCAGCGGAGCUCGCGCGGCGAGGUCUUACCGAUCAAUUUGCCCAGCAUCCGGCAAGCGGAUUUUUUCCUAAUACCAUUUUUCCGCAGAAUUACCAACAGUAUCCGCCGCCAUACGCUGCAUACCUUGAGCCAGCACACAACGCGCACUUGGCGGGGUAUCCUGUCCCCACGCCCUACAGUUUCGCGCCUACCGGGGUUCCGACCCGUCCAGCCAGAGACCAGGAUCCGGGAAAGAGUCUCCGUAGUGUUCUACUCCAUGAGUUUAAACACAGUCCCAAAUCAAAAAAAUGGGAACUGAAGGAUAUUUGGAGUCACGUUGUAGAAUUCAGCGGAGACCAACAGGCCUCCCGCUUUAUCCAGCAGAAGCUUGAAACGGCCAACAGCGAUGAGCGCGAUCAGGUCUUUGCGGAAAUAGAGCCGAACGCAGUCCAGCUCAUGAAGGACGUCUUCGGCAACUACGUGAUGCAAAAGCUUUUUGAGUAUGGGGACCAGGUGCAGAAGAAAGUGUUGGCCAACGCCAUGAAGGGCAAGGUCGUCGACUUGUCGAUGCAGCCGUAUGCAUGCCGCGUCGUGCAAAAGGCUUUCGAGCAUAUUUUAGUUGACCAGCAAACCGAGCUGGUAAAGGAGUUAGAAUCGGAGGUCAUAAAGGUCGCCAAGGACCAACAUGGGAACCACGUGAUCCAGCAAGCUAUCGUGCUGGUACCUCGUGAGCAUAUCGACUGUAUGAUGGCCGGCUUGAACGGUCACAUUUACGAGCUCGCCGCCCACCAGUACGGCUGCCGUGUUGUCCAGAGGGUGCUGGAACGCGGAACUGAGACGGACAAGGCCGCCGUGAUGUCCGAACUGCACGACAGCGCCGAACUCCUCAUCACGGAUAUGUAUGGCAACUACGUCAUACAACAUGUCCUUGAAAAAGGGAGGCCCGAGGACCGCGGCCGCAUGAUUAGCGUGAUAACUCCUCAGCUUCUAACACUUUCGAGGCACAAGAAUGCCUCGAAUGUUGUCGAAAAAUGCAUUCUGCUUGGCACCCCCGAGGAACAGCGGUCGAUCCGGGAUCAACUUAUGGGCGACGAUGCAAACAAAAAACUGGUCAGGGCCCUUCAAGGUGAGGACCGGGCGGUGCUGGUCAAUAAACUGGCGUCCCACCUCCAAUCUCUCAGACAAUCAGGUGCGACCAAUAAGCAGAUUGAGGCCAUGGAUCGUCUGGUCGCGGAUUCACAAGCCCCGGCGUCUGUGGCUACCAGUCAUAGCCACAACUUCACACCGGCUUCCACGACCCCUACGUCGCCUGGUCUACACGUCGACGUUUCCUCUGUGGCGCCUACGCCCAACCUGACCAUGGACCCCAGUAGCCCUCUGAGCACUCCGUCUAGUGGCCCCCCAUACCUGAAUGGAGACACUAACGAGUCCAUGAGCGGCCAGCCAGCAGGAAAGGAAACCACUCAUAGCCAAUAG